AUUACGCACAAUUUCGACCAUUCUGAUUUUGACUUGCAUGCUCGAAGUUACCAAGAUCGACUAGAUUGGUUGCCUUUGCCAGCGAACAAAAAGCUCGGCGAAGAAACUUCGAAACAGCAUUUUGAAGCUUCAACGUUGGCUACAGCGUUGCCAGAGACCUACGAAAUGCUGCAGUACUACGCCGUAGCAAUGGAGCAGGUUGUCCAUAAUUUGAAAGGGGACCCACUUGAGGAGAGGUUCCAUAAGAUCCAGAAUGAAAUGCGUUCGGUGUUGGCCGAAGUGCAAUCUGCAAUGACUGAAUGCGGAAUUAAACAAAGACCAGACGUUCAGCGUGCAGUGAUGUCCGAUGAAUAUCGUAUCAUUGAACACACGACGUUCCGACGUCUCAGAGAUUGGUACAUCUAUCGCGAUUACAUGAUACUUUUGGAGUACAUCAAGGAGCAAUUCACGUACCUCAAGGAACGAUUAUAAGA